ACCAACCAAACGUGAGAGAAGAAAUAACAGAAAGCGAGAGGGAGUGACAUUGAUCGGUUCAAUGGCGGACAUAGCUAUUUUAGUGGCGGAGGAGUACGAGCGGAGGGUGAGACAGACGGCUGAUUCUAGGUCGGCGUCGUUGGAAUUUGAUUGGUGGAAAAAUGUUCCGGCGAAGAUGACAAUAGGAGUCAACGAGGAGAAGAUAGAGAGUUUUAUGAAGAAGUUUGAUUCUAAAUCUCAGUUUGCUCUCGCCAUCUCCCAUGGCUUCUUCUCUGCUUGAUACACACUUUGUUCAUAAUCUAAUUUCGUUUCAUAAUCUAUCUGCUUUGUUGUUUUUUUCUUAUGAUUUGGGAGUUUAUGUAAAAAAAGUGAAUAUCUGAAUUAAUCAAAUGGAUAUCUCUUUGACA